CUUGUAUCAUAAGAACCAUAACUGCAUCCCAAACAUGCCAAACCUCCAAAUCAUCCACUUCAUUCCCCCAUCUCGCGAAGCAAUCAUCCUCAACAGCCCAGUACAUAGCAUCACCGCAGUACCUCACACCCAGACCGCCGGCACCAACCACUGGUGUCUCUAUCUCGCAACAUCAGAUACAACCUCCGUCUGCAUUGAUUGCCAGCCAAGUCAUACCGUCCCAAGCACAGUCCUCCAUGGUGGCUCCAAAGGAUUCAUAGCUAUUUCAGAGCUUCCAUAUCUAUGGGCACCGGAUGCUCAGGCCCAGUUCAAGCUCAAUGUUCCUCCAAACCUGAAGGUCAAGGACGUCUAUAAUCUCCUCAUCCAAAAUGACCGCCACAAAUACGAAUUCGACUCUACAGGUGUCGGAUGCAGAUAUUGGGUUACGGACCAGCUUGGUCUGCUUCAGCAUCAGGGGUUACUUGUCGAUCCGGAGGAAGUAACGGCUGCGAAGACUGGAAUCGUACUGUUAUGGCCAGAUCAGACACCUCUGCCGCUUGACCAGGGGGCUUAUUAUCAGUGAGUGCUUAGCUAUAGCCUGGAGAACGUAAAUCAUAUCAAGAACUAAUAUUGGUACUCCG